CAGAGAGCUCGUUCAGCUAUCUUGACGUCUGUGGAAACAUAACUUGGUGGAAUUCUAGACCAGAUGGCAGAGUACUGGAAAUCUCAACCCAAAAAAAUGUGCGAGUUUUGCAAGUGCUGGAUUACUGACAACAAAGCAAGCAUAGAGUUUCAUGAGAGGGGUAAGAAACACAAAGAAAAUGUACAGAAAAGAAUUCAAGAGGUUCAGAAGAAAGGCAAAGAAACUUCACAAGCUCAGAAACAACUACAGAUGGAUUUAGAAGCUAUUGAAGCUGCAGCACUGAAGGCAUAUGAGAAAGACUUGAACAUUGAGCCAUCAAAAUCAAACCCUGAAUCUAACGCAAAGUCACAAAAACACAGACAAAUGAAACUUGUUCCAAUGGUGAAAGCUCUGCUGGUAAGAACACAUGCACAGCACUCUCCUCAGAAACCCAAGCCUAAUGUCACAUCUGGAUAGGCAAAAGACUUGCUGAAGCUGAGUUUGUUUAAUUAGAGGAUUGUUUCAUGAUAAAUAAUGUUUUUCUAGUCAGGUUUUAGAAAAAGGAGUUAACAUAACCAUAAUCCUCAAUUGUCUCUUUAUAGGAUGCCUCAUUUCCUAUGAGGGACAAACUCCCAUUAUGAAUUGCAACCAUGGCUGGAACAUAGCUCAAGCACCAGAAGGCUACUAUUAUUAUUACAAUACAGCUACACAAGGUGAACAAUCCACAUUUUCACCUCCAUUCUUUAUAACUAUUCUGACUUUUACUUUUUCGAAUUACCUUUUAUCAUGUGCUAAAUCGAUCAGAAAUUUCUUAUACGUGGUGUCAAAGCCCAAGGUUGAUCAGUUCAAGUUAGGAUAAACUGGUUGAUGGGUUCAGGAAUAUAUAGUAAAAUCUGUAAAUCACUGCUAAAUUGAAGGAUUUAUUGUUUGUAGAAUUCUUAAUUUUCUUAGUUUUUGAAUUCUUUGAUUGACUGAUUAACAGACUGAUUGUUUGAUUGAUUGGUGGGCUGUUUGAUUGAUAGGC